ACCCAGGCUUGCUACCGGCUGAGUGAGUGGGUAAGCAAGAAACAGACCGUGUGAGAGACUUGGAGAGUGAGGAGGGGUGUGAGUAAAGACACUGAUGCUCUGAGGUUGAGAAUGGUAUGGCACUUGGCAAGUGUGAGAGUGUGAGAGAGCGAGAGAAAGCUCACACAGAGUCAACACAUCAACAGGAGUGCAGCAAAACUGACAAUCGGAACCUCUGAGAGUGAAAGACAGAGGAAGGAAAAGAGGUGAUUACAGAAGGAAUACAGUACUGAAGAGUUAAAGCCAUAUCCCUUACACAAGGGACGCCAUCAAGGGAUUGAGGCACUCAUCCAGAACUGCACAGAAGAGCUGAUUUGCCCAACUUCAAUUUCAUACACUGCCCACUGUGUUAAAGGUUUAAUCUCUUACUCUUCUGUUAUGAUCUUCUGGGUCAUUGUGUUCCGGUGGAUCUCUGGACAUGGGGUCCAGGCCAUGUUCUCCCAGCAGCCCCAGGACCUGGUGGUGGUGGCAGGUCAGCCUGUCACCCUGCCCUGCUCCAUUCCUGGUUACCAUGGUGUGGUCCUGUGGAUCAAAGAUGGCCUAGCUCUAGGAGUUGGCAGAGACCUAUCAGGUUACCCUCGUUACACUGUAAUUGGCGACCAAAGUACAGGGGAACAUCACCUCCGGAUCCAACAUGUUGAGAUAAUGGAUGAUGCGGUCUUUGAGUGUCAGGCAAUCCAGGCAGCCAUGAGGUCCCGUCCUGCCCGGCUGACUGUGCUGGUUCCUCCUGAGGAUCCAGUGAUCAGUGGUGGUCCGAUGGUCAGUCUGAGAGCAGGAGACCCACUCAACUUGACCUGCCACGCUGACAAUGCUAAGCCAGCUGCAUCCAUCAUCUGGAUCCGCAAUGGAGAGGUCCUCAAUGGAGCCAUGUACUCCAAGACCCUUCUCCGUGAUGGGAUGAGGGAGAGAACAGUGAGCACCCUAUACCUGUCUGCCUCCAACAUUGAGACAGGCCAACAGAUCAUCUGUCGAGCAUCCAACAAGGCUGUGCCCAAUGGCAAGGAGACUAGCGUCAUCAUCGAUAUCCAGCAUUUGCCACUUGUCAAUCUGUCAGUGGAGCCACAGCCCAUUCUGGAAGGAAACAUGAUCCAGUUCCACUGCUCUGCCAAAGCAAACCCACCCGUCACAAUGUAUAGAUGGGCGAAAGGAGGCAAUGUCAUCAAGGAGAUAUCUGGCAAUACCUAUGAGGUUAUGGUGGACCACUCUUUCUUCACUGAGCCUGUCUCCUGUGAGGUCACCAACCCUUUGGGCAACACAAACAUUAGUCGCAAUGUUGACGUUUACUUUGGUCCACGCAUGGCUGCAGAGCCUCAGUCCUUACAAGUGGAUUUGGGAACUGAUGCUGUAUUCAACUGUGGCUGGACGGGAAACCCUUCCCUUACUAUCGUCUGGAUGAAGAAAGGCUCUGGAGUGGUACUAAGCAAUAAGAACAUCCUGACACUGAAGGCUGUGCGACAGGAAGAUGCUGGGAAAUAUGUAUGCCGUGCUGUAGUACCGAAAGUUGGUGCCGGUGAGAAGGAGGUUUCACUCACAGUCAAUGGCCCACCCACCAUCUCCAGUACCCAGACACAACAGGCUCUACACGGGGAGAAGGGCCAGAUCAAGUGCUUCAUCCAGAGCACUCCACCUCCAGAUCGCAUCGCCUGGUCAUGGAAGGAGACAGUGCUGGAGUCGGGGACUUCAGGUCGUUACACGGUAGAGACAGUCAGCACUGAGGAAGGAGUAAUCUCUACUCUGACCAUGAGUAACAUCGUCCCUGCUGAUUUCCAGACCAUCUACAACUGCACAGCCUGGAAUAGUUUUGGUUCGGACACAGAGAUCAUCCGCCUCAAGGAACAAGAGACUCUUCCAGUGGUUGUCAUCAUUGGGGUGGCAGUCGGGGCCAUUGUGGCUUGUAUAAUCCUCAUGGCGACCAUCGGAGCCUUCUGCUGUACCAGCUCUCAGAGAAAAGAUGUGCACCUGGUUAUGCCCUCACUACCGGUCUCCAUCUGUGCCCACCAGAGAGAACUUCCAAGCAAAAUUAAGACAGAAAAUCUGAAAGGUGUUGUGUUGGCCAAGAAUGACAUUAGAGUUGAGAUUGUCCACAAAGACCACAACAUGGCUCAGGAAAAAGUGGAGCACACCGGCAUCAAGCAACUGAUGGUUGAACGUGGGGAGUUCCAGCAGGAGUCAGUGCUGAAACAGCUGGAGGUACUGCAGGAGGAGGAGAAAGAGUACCAGCAUGUCAAGGACCCCACCAAUGGAUACUACAGUGUCAACAACUUCAAGGAACACAACUCCACCCCCACUAUCACCAUGCAAGGUAACCAGACUACAGAGAUGCAGAAUUCCACCACUGACACAACUAGGGGCAAGCAGCGGGUACCCACGGGCAUGUCCUUCACCAACAUCUACUCCACCCUAGGUGCUGGGCCAAACCGCCUGUACGACUACAGCCAGCGCUUUGUGCUGGGCAUGGGCAGCAGCUCCAUCGAACUGUGCGAGAGGGAAUUCCAGAGAGGAUCACUCAGCGACUCCAGUUCCUUCGUCGACACGCAGUGUGACAGCAGUGUUAGCAGCUACAGCAAGCAGGAUGGCUAUGUGCAGUUCGACAAGGACAGCAAGACAUCCGCCUCUUCCUCCUCCCACUACUCUCAGUCCUCCUCCCAAAACUCAGACCUUACACGGCCCCUCCAGAAGCGCAUGCAGACCCAUGUUUGACCUGACCGCUAGGGGCUGCAUGUGUUUGUUCUGGGGUAACCAUAUUUUGGAACUAUGGGAAACAAACAGCUUCUUGAGACAAAACAUACUUAAAUUCAAAGCAGAAAGUAUGUUUCUGGGAAGCCUUGAAAUGCUCAACUUGGAUUUGUCUAAACAGUAAAUCAAGAAGCCUUUACAUUCCCCCGUAUCCCAUUCUAAGAUCAUCACCACCUCCUGCUGCCCAGUUUUUCACUUAGAAAAUAAAGGCCUAAGCUGUGGCUAAAAGCUAGCGGUCUUGGUAUCCAAUGAGGUGUAUUAAAAAAAAAGUCUGACCAUUCUCUCUUAUAGGUGGCAAACAUCACAUCAAUUGGUAUGUGUAAUCCAAUAUUAUGCUAUCUCUUGCGGUUUUAAUUACAACUGUGAUGUGCAUGUGAGUUAAUUUUCAACGCUUCUCCUCUCCCUACCCUCACUAACAGUAUAUGUUAAACUUGGUUGAUCCAACUUCAUCCCUUGUGUGGGUGGAGUAAAACUUAUACAUUUGCCCAAAGACUUGCCAAACAAUGUUGCCAGUCUUUUCCACGGGCUCCCAGUUCUCAGAACUCUGCAGAUAAGGAGGCCCGCAAUCUCACCCGGAAAGUCUGUGUCGUCUUUUCACACUUUGCUUCUCUUGUGAUAAAGAAAUAAAAUCAGUGUACAUUAUGCUUUUUUUCUUUCUGUUUGACAUAUAUUGUUUUGAGGACUGGGAAAUGUAUCUCUGCAAGAGAUACAUUUCACUUUUGAAUUCAGAAUCUGGGGAAUGGGGUUGGAUAUUCUUUCAACCUGUUAGGACCAUGCUUGCUUAAACAGUGGAGGGUAUAUACCACUAACUGUAAUGUGUGCUCUAACCAUGUAAUAUGAAAUCUUGCACACUAAAGGCUUUUCAUUAUCAGUCAUGUCUACAGGAUUGGAUGCUGCCUGUUGAACCUGUUACACUGCUUAUCAUCACAUGCCUUUUCCAAGUGUUUUCAAUAUCAUGUUUACGCUGGAACUCAAUCUAGACUUUUUGCUUACUGUGAUCUAGCUGUUAUUCAAAGGAAAUUAAUAGGAAAAAUAUGUAUUUCCUGUCUUGUUCCUUCAAAUGCUAAGAGACUGUAUAAACUGACUGUAUUCUGUAUGUAGACUUUCUCAUUGAUAAUUGUACAUUUUCUUGUUUUAGUUGAGAGAAUAGGAAAACAGAAGAAAGGAUAUACAAUGGCUGUGGUGGGCCAAAUUGUCACCUGAAGCACAGUGAAUGCCACAUACAGUACAACUAGUAUCCCACCAGAAAAGACCAACCAUGAUAAUCCGGUACAGAAGUUUUGGAUGAGAUGGUCAAUGUGAAUGUGAUAUUGAUAAUUAAUGAAAUAUUGUAUUGAAUAUACAGUACAUCGUUUUGCCACCUCACAACGUAGCACCACUAUCCAGUGGUGUGAACGCCAUAAGGUACACUUGUAAAGGUUGUUUGCCUGUGGGCAGCUUGUAGGACUGGACAUCAGCUUAAUCAGUAUUAGAUAUAACAGAGAGCCCUGUGACAGGAAAACAUCAUGGUCUUUUACUGGCAUACAUUUUCAAGUCCUCUCAAGCAUUUUUAAAAUCUAACACGGUUGUCAUACCUAAUCAUUUUGCACGUGUUCUGUUUGCUUGAAUACCCACAGAAUAUGGAGAUACCAAAUGUACUGAAAUGGUCAUUCAUUAGUAUUUUCUUGUUUAAUCUUAUUUUUGUCAGUUCAUGUAAGAAUUAGGGCCUAUUCACACUCCGUAUGAGGUCUAGCUUCAAAUGUCAAUGGAUGUCUAAGGUAUAUGUAUCAAAAGACAGCGAUAGAAAUUCAGCAGAGAAGCUAAUGACAUUAUUGACAUACAUUAAGUUAACUAGCUAGAAGUAACUGGCUCACUCUACCUCUUCAAAAACAAACUGCUUGAAUCACUUGCAUAUUCAUACAAUCUUUAACAUACUGUCUAAAAUAAGAGUAAAUCUCUGAAAACAAACAGCAGACAGCUGCUUUGUGAAAACUCAAGUUAGCUAGCUAGUUAAUAAUUAAUUGACGUUAGUUGUGUUAUGUUGUACCUAUCAGGUCUGUCAGUGUGAUACCCUUUGUAAAUGUGAAUAGGAAAGUAUGUAUACUUUAUUUUUUUAUUAUUUUAUUCCUAUGUUGUCCUGAUAACUGGUGUAAUCUGAAAAGGCCAUUAGAUAGUACCUUUGGCAAAUAAGCUUCCAAACAAAAACAUUUCAUUAACUCUCCGGAAUGUCCUUAGACAUACCUGGUUUGCUGAAAAGUUAUUUUGUUAAGCACUUUACAUAUGUUUAUAUUCAAAGCAGUUACAUGGGUUUUUAUACUUCAUUAGUGGUUGUUGACAAAUUUUACAAAAGGAUUGAUGCCCAAUGUACAGCUUAAACACAAAAAGCUAUUUUUCAAUGCUGAAACGCCAGCUUGGCGCUCAGCACAGUGUGGUUAGAUCUCCAAUACCCUGUUUAUAAUGUUGCUGUAUUUUGUUUUCAGUUUAGGGUAAAAGCAAUCCCAUGCCUUCAGCAUUUUACAGUCAGACCAUUAUUUUCCUUUCAUUCCCCUCUUCAUUCACUAACAUCUCCAACCAAGCUUGUCUUUGCAAACCAGUGGUUCGUGUGAGCAGUUUGAGCAUUUUUUGUUUAUUUUUAAAUCUUUUUGUGGUAGUCUCUAUAAAAGUCAUACAAUCAAAGCUGUUUGUAUCUUGAGUGUGGAACAGGAAAUGGUCACUGAGUAAGAUGGAGAAGCUACAAUGUAAUGUAGACUGUUUUCAACUUGUAUUGCUUCCCAGAAACAGCCUUUAUCUCACUGAUAAUUAGGAUAGAGUGACUUGGUCUGGAGUGCAGCAAAUCCAUACAUUCUGUAACGUGGUGGUAGUGUAGGAGGAACCUUGCAUUCGAUUGUUAAAUUUAAUGAAAACAAAAAACUGAAUAGUAAACAUAAACUGAUACAAAGUAAAGUGCUGAUAUAUUACAGCGAAAACGCAACACUCACCAGGCACAUGCAACAUAUAGCGACAAUAACCGACAACUGGAGGGAGCAGAGGAGAAACAUUUAAACAUAUAUUGAUGGGAUGAUUGGGACCUGGUGUGCAUGAUUAUGGGAGACAAGACAAUGAAUGAGUCUGGGGUGAGUUCAUGAAGUGACUGGAAGGCUUGAAAAGUCACUGUGUGACAAACAAAGUGCGUGGAUUACUAAUUUUUAUUCCUUGGCCAGACAUAAAUAAAUGCCCUACAGCUCUAGCAUCAGGUUGCUUCUUACCCAGAUAAGGCACAGCACCUAUUUACCAGGGUCAUAAAGUAAAGGUGGUGUAGAAGACAAGUUUUGGUGCACCCCUGAAUGAUUGCUGUGAUAAAGUAGG